GCCUUCAGGCUCAGGAGUCAGCAGCUGCACACACCUCUUCGAUCGAUCACAUUCUUCUCUCUCUAGUACUGAUUUGAAGCGCCCAUACCUAAGGCUACGGUACUUCCAUUGUUCAAGUUGCUGAGGGGCACUUUCAAGUUCAAUUGUAGAAGCCAGGGGUUCGAGUCUCGACGCUGAUAUAAGCUCAAUCACUGAUUCGUUGUGCCUGUUUCUUAGCUGCGGCUCAAACCACAGCCUUUGGCGCAACGACAAGUACUGGACCAUUGUUGCAGUUGGAGAUUUGGGAGGGUGGCUCUGCAGUCAGGGGUUCCAUUACUAGAUGGCCUCAGACAAAAGCAUGGGAAUGAACGGGCGCGUCUAUGAACGGGUCCAAGGGGACGCUCCAAAUGAUGACGAACUUGAUGGGUACCCCGCAGCAAGGCUGUUCUCGCAGGGGGUCUCAUUCACGUAUGAUGACGUGAUUCUGCACCCAGGUUUCAUCGACUUUUCGACGGACGAAGUUGAUCUGACGGGGCGAGUUUCAAAAAACAUUAGUGUGAGGGUGCCUGUGGCGUCCAGCCCGAUGGACACGGUGACGGAAGCCAACAUGGCGGGCACGAUGGCAAUGGUGGGGGCAAUCGGCUUUGUGCAUUACAACAAUACUUCCACCGAGCAGGCGGCCCACAUCAGAAAAGCCAAGCAGAUGCGGCUGGGUUAUGUCGCCGACCCGGCUGUGCUGUCUCCAAAGUCAACAGUGGCCGAUAUUGACAGCCUGAAAAGCUCCAAAGGGUUCUCUAGUGUUCUUGUUACGGAGGACGGCCAGCUCGGUAGCCGGCUGCUCGGAGUGGUGACCAACCGGGACACGGACUUUGUGGCAGACAGGACAACGGAGCUGGCAGAGGUGAUGACCACGGAGGUGGUGACGGCCUCCAGCACAUCCAGCCGGCAAGAGGCAGAGGCGGUGCUCAAGUCGAGCAAGAAAAGUUUGUUGCCCAUUGUAAAUGAGCAAGGAGAGUUGGUGGGGCUCAUUUGUCGAACGGACGUGAAGCGGUCGCUGGCGUACCCGGUGUCUGCAGAGCCGACGCUGGGGAAGGAUGGAAAGUUGGCAGUGGGGGCGGCUGUCGGGACACGCGAUGGCGACAAGGCGCGUUUGGAGCACCUGGUGCAGGCGGGCGUCAACGUGGUGGUGCUGGACUCGUCGCAGGGGGACUCCACGUACGCGCUUAACAUGCUCAGCUUCGUGAAGAAGGCGUACCCCGAGCUAGAUGUCAUUGCGGGGAAUGUGGUGACGAGCCGCCAGGCGCGGCAUCUGAUCGAAGCGGGGGCGGACGGGCUACGGGUGGGCAUGGGGUCGGGCUCCAUCUGCACCACCCAGGAGGUUUGCGCCGUCGGGCGGGGCCAGGCGACGGCGGUGUACCAGACGGCCAAGCUGGCGUCCACUUUCGACGUGCCCAUCAUCGCGGACGGCGGCAUCUCCAACUCGGGCCACAUAGUCAAGGCUCUCACCCUAGGUGCGUCCUCCGUGAUGGUAGGUAGUUUCUUAGCGGGUACUGAGGAGGCGCCCGGAGACUAUUUCUUCCAGGACGGGCAGCGGUUGAAGAAGUACCGGGGGAUGGGCUCUUUGGAAGCGCAGGCCAAGGGCAGCGACACGCGCUACCUAGGGGACCAGUCCAAGCUCAAGAUUGCGCAGGGCGUGGCGGGGUAUGUGGCGGACAAGGGGUCCGUGCGGCGCCUGGUGCCCUACACCAUGCACGCCGUCAAGCAAGGCUUCCAGGACCUCGGGGCGAGCGAUCUUCCCGGCGUGUGGGCCAUGCUGCGAAACGGAGAGAUUAGGGGCGAGACGCGGACGGGGGCUGCGCAAGUUGAGGGCGGGGUACACGGUCUGGUAUCCUACGAGAAAAAGCGGUUUUGAUAGCCACUGCUGGCGCUUGAUUCUCGCAUCUACUGGGAGCGGUUGGGGAGGUCUUGAACAUUCAUAUUAUGCUGCCAAGGUUGGGCCCAUGGGAAGAACGUUUGGCUUGAGUCACUCGCCUUGCCUUUUCAAAAGGAUCAGCGUUUGCUGACUUGUCAUAGCCAUUCAUAAGGUGUCGUUUUCUUUUACAGCGGGUAAGCAAGCACUUAAUUGUAGCGGUGAUGUUUUCGAUGCAAUGCACAUGCCAGGUUGCGACCCAUUGUUGUCCAAACGUUGGACUUCAAUGCAAUAAUCCGCUUUACGUUCUGCUCUUGAUUUCAAAGGAUUUUGAUCGUUUUCAAGAGACCGUUUAAACUUCAGGUUGCUUUUGCAAGGCUUGUUUACCGAGG